AUGUCAGUCGGACGAAAACAGCCCGAGCCGCUUCGUCGGAUCAUAACAACUCAUGAUGCUGCAAGCGGGCGGGCUAUCUUUAGCGACGCGGUUGGGGAGCAGGUAUCGUUUACUGGUUUCCCGGUUCCCCCCGGUAAACCCACGACGUCAGACUAUGCUCUGGCCUAUAACACAAGUACAUUUCCUGUACAAGGGCUUUCCCCUCCAACUUCUGCAAUCCCGGAGUCCAAAGCCAACCUCGACAUUAAGCACUACCACUCCCAGCUUUCGAACCCAUCGCCUUUGAAUCCGUCGAACGGCACCUCCUGCACAAUUAUUGAGGUGCCUCCAGGUUCAGAGGUCCCAAUGCACCGAACAGCGACCCUCGACUAUGGUGUCAUAAUUGAUGGCACUACAGAAUUAGUCCUUGAUUCUGGUGAGAAAAAGUUAAUGUCAAAGGGUGAUGUAUUUGUUCAACGAGGUACAGCUCAUGCUUGGCGGAAUAUGACUGAAAAGAAUGACAAUUCUGGUGUUUUACGUGUCUUUUUCGUGUUUCAGCCUAUCGAGCAGGUGCGACUGGAAGGUGGAAAGGUCGUCGGUCAGGACUUGAAUCUGUCUCUGCAUGAGGCUUAG